AUGAUGAUAUCUCUAAUACUGCUCACUAUUGUCGCUCGAGGAGCAUGUGCUCCUUUGAUGGAAGGUGAAGAGAUCGAGGGGAAAUUAAUUUACUCUGGAAGCCCGGACACAUUCGAGAAUCGAAAACUUGUGAGAGAAAUGCUUCAAGCAUUGAACAUUCGUACACAGAAGCUUCACCGAGCGGGUCAAGGCGGAGGGCCGUCAGCGAAAUUGCCGCCGAUGCCUGACCUUGGUCCGAAAAACAAUUUUUCGGCGCCAUCUUUAUCCGAAACGAAUAAAGAGAUCGCUGAUUGGAUGUACGAAGGGGACAUUGCGCUCACUCCGGAUCAGGCCACUUUCAUAGUCACUGGCCAGCCAGUGAAAGGCGCAUCUCGCUCAAAGAGGGCAUGCAUAACAGAUCCAUCUGGAUUUUGGGAUCCGUUGAUUCCGAUCAACUAUACGUUUGACAGCUCCCUGAGUAGCGAUGUUGUUGCUCUCAUCCGUCAAGGUAUCCGGUAUUGGACAACUAACACAUGCAUGAGUUUCAGGGAAAAUCCGAAUGGAAUCAAUCGUCUCCGAUUUUAUUCUGGCAGCGGUUGUUGGUCCUAUGUUGGCAAGCAACCCACAUGGCCUAGCCAGGACGUCUCAAUUGGAGACGGGUGCAGCAAUCUUGGAACGGUAACGCACGAGAUUGGUCAUGCUCUAGGAUUCUUCCAUACCCAGUCUCGCUACGAUCGCGAUAAUUGGGUUUCCGUCGACCUCAGCAAUGUUCAACCAAAUCUCCAAUAUAAUUUUGCAAAGAUGACACCUGCUACAGAGAACCAUUUUGGGCAACCCUACGACUACGGAAGUGUAAUGCAGUACAAUCCUUAUGCGUUCGCCAUGAAUCCGAAUCAGUACACUGUAAGAGCGUUGAAUAUGGGUUACCAAAACUCCAUGGGACAACGAGAAGCGCCCGCAUUUUCAGAUGUUCGUAUGAUGAAUUGGCUCUACAAUUGUUCCAGCUUCUGCUCCAGCGUACCCGUACCUCCUUGUCGCCCACCCGGCUACCAGGAUCCUCGAAAUUGCAACGGAUGUAAAUGUCCACGAAUGUUUGGUGGACAGUAUUGCGAACAACUACCAAGCGGUUCAGCCUUGAACUGCAACGGUGGUGUUAUACAGGCAACGUCUUCUUCAUGGUCGACCUUGCAAGGCACCGCAGGAGAUCUGAACGAUUAUUCGCCGAAGAUGGAUGCUGCGGACUGCUUUUGGCAUAUUACUGCUCCUGCUGGACGCAAAAUUCAAUUACGUUUGAGUGCACCGCCAAGUAAUUGUAUGGAGGGAUGCCCAUGGCAAGCGAUUGAAGUUAAUCUCGGACAAUUCGACCUUUAUGGAAUGAUAAUGUGUUGCCAGUCUGCAGUUGGUCAGAUCUACAACUCUCUGAGCAAUUUGGUAGCUAUUCGUGGAGUGGUCCGCUACAAUCAACUCACAUUUAGCCUCGAUUAUCGUAUUGUAUAA